AUGAGCUACAAAGUGUACAUUCGCGAGUUGGCAGAUACUGAGGAUCGUACGAUUUCGGCUCGUAGCUCGUCUGCUAAUCUUCAAACUGUGAGCCAACCGGUGACAAUUGCUUCCCAUGGAACUGUUCCGACUAUGUCGUUGAGCUCAACGAAGGCAUCAAUUCAGCAGGAGCCGCUAUCUUCAGCGACCAAUUUAACACUGAACACGCUGGCUUCAUCGAAAUCAACAAAAUCAACGGAUGUCACAUCGAGCCAAAUUGAGCGUUUGUGUGUGGAGAACAUGAAUCGCAAGCAACGAUCAAUGAUUGACCUGACUGAAUUCAAUCAAAAAUUCGGGAACGGAUUCCAACCGCCACCACCGUCGACUGGAACACCACCGACUGUGUAUGAGAACUUGAAUGUCCUUUCGAAAACGACAAAGAAAGAGAAGAAGCCUGCUGUCUCUCCUGCUCCAUCUACAUUCACCAAAGACAACUACGGAAGACUUGUGGAGUCAGAUUCCACGUUUCGGGGAUCUGAUGGAGAAGACCCACUUUACGUUAAGGUUGCCGAUUGCUUCGAUUAA